UCUCUUUCUCUCUCUCUCCUCUCUCUCUCCUUCGCUCCCUCUCUUUCUCUCCUCCCUCUGCGUUCCCCGUGCAUAAAGUCUCCGUUGCUCCUGGAACUUGUUGGCAAUGCAUAUUUUUCAGCUUUCCCCCGCGUUCUCUAAACUAACUAUUUAAAGGUCUGCGGUCGCAAAUGGUUUGACUAAACGUAGGAUGGGACUUAAGUUGAACGGCAGAUAUAUUUCACUGAUCCUCGCGGUGCAAAUAGCGUACCUGGUGCAGGCCGUGAGAGCAGCGGGCAAGUGCGAUGCGGUCUUUAAGGGCUUUUCGGACUGUUUGCUCAAGCUGGGCGACAGCAUGGCCAACUACCCGCAGGGCCUGGACGACAAGACGAACAUCAAGACCGUGUGCACAUACUGGGAGGAUUUCCACAGCUGCACGGUCACAGCCCUUACGGAUUGCCAGGAAGGGGCGAAAGAUAUGUGGGAUAAACUGAGAAAAGAAUCCAAAAACCUCAACAUCCAAGGCAGCUUAUUCGAACUCUGCGGCAGCGGCAACGGGGCGGCGGGGUCCCUGCUCCCGGCGCUCCCCGUGCUCCUGGUGUCUCUCUCGGCAGCUUUAGCGGCCUGGCUUUCCUUCUGAGCGCGGGGCCGGCUCCCCCCGCGCGCCCACCCACACUCACUCCAUGCUCCCGGAAAUCGAGAGGAAGAUCCAUUCGUUCUUUGGGGACGUUGUGAUUCUCUGUGAUGCUGAAAACACUCAUAUAGGAUUGUGGGAAAUCCUGAUUCUCUUUUUGAUUUCGUUUGAUUUCUUGUGUUUUAUUUACCAAAUGUUACCAAUCAGUGAGCAAGCAAGCACAGCCAAAAUCGGACCUCAGCUUUAGUCCGUCUUCACAUAAAAAUAAGAAAACGGCAAACGCACCCCAUUUUUUUAAUUUUUUUUUUUUGGCACAAGAAUCUCAGGAAUGGCCCUGGGCCACCUACUAUAUUAAUCAUGUUAAUACAUGACCAAUGAUGGGCUCCUCCUAAUAGGAAAGAGAGGAGAGGAGAAGGCCAGGGGAAUGAAUUCAAGAGAGAUGUCCACGAGGGAGGCAUAUGGUGAAUAAUUCACGCUCACGUCUUUCUUCCACAGUAUCUUGUUUUGAUCAUUUCCACUGCACAUUUCUCCUCGAGAAAAGUGAAAAGACAGAUUGUUGGCUUUGUGUUUAACGAUAGGAGGGAAGAGAGGAAAAGGAUGGAGGGAACCUCGGGUUACAGGCUGCCAGAAGAAAUGCUGCUAACGUCACUGAGAGGUUAAGCUUUACCUGCUGUUGUCGAUGCAUCUUUCCAAGUCCACGGCCUUUAUUUUCCCUCUUGUUUUACGUGUUACACAUACAGUAAUACCUGAAUAUCCAACGGUAUAGAUCACAAGGGGGGGGGAUGUUAAAUGUUAACCUAAAAUAUAGCUAAAAAAAGAUUUUGACAUAAAAGAGCCUUGAUUUUAAAAAAAAGAGAGAGAUGUAAUUUAAAAAGUUUAUUAUAAAUUAAAUUCAGCAAAAAAAGAUUUGCUACAAAGUAUAGAGAAGUAUAAAAUAAAAGUUAUUGUUUGAAA